AAAUGAAAAAUCUUCUAGUUUUGCUUAUAAGCUUACUUUCUGUUAUGCGCUAGCUUUAUCAUUGUCAAAUUUGAUUUACAUUUUCUCUAUUGUGUUUUUUUAUUUGACUUUGAAGAAAGAAAAGGAAAAAAAAUGAUGUUUCGGUGUUUUUGAAAAUCAGGAACUGUAGAUUUGAACUUCGAAAGCAUUGAAUUUGCGAGGUAUUUGCAAUUUCUUGUGCUCUUUGCGUUAUGGGAAAAUCACCAGGGAAAUGGAUUAAGACGGUGUUUUUUGGAAAGAAAUCUUCCAGAACUAGUUAUCAUAAACGAAGAGAGAAUGCCACUGCUGCCAAUGCAAAGGAGGUAUUGGUUGCGGUAAGGGCAUCAGAAACUGAUGUUUCCGUGGCUCCUUCCUUUUCUUCACAGCAUCCAUAUGCUAAUGAGAGGGAUGAAAGGGAAUUAGAAGUGGAACGCAAUGAGGCUGCAAAUAUCUCUAAUGAUGACGGGAUAUCACUGUUAGUGAUUCAAGGCAUAAAUUCUCCAAGUUCCACUCUCCAAGAUUCACAAUAUGAUCCAGAAAGGGUUAAGGAAGAACAAGCAGCAACCAUUGUUCAGGCUGCUUUUAGGGGUUACCUGGCACGCCGAGCGUUCGGGGCCCUCAAAGGCAUUAUAAGGCUGCAGGCACUUUUUCGUGGUCACUUGGUUAGAAGGCAAGCUAUUACUACUUUGUGCUGUAUGAUGGGAAUUGUCAAGCUACAAGCUCAUGUUCGUGGAGUAAUGGCCAGGCAUUCUGAUGGUGGCCUUGAAGUGCAGAAGAAACUCAAUCAAAUGAGCCUUCAGGAGAGCAAUCCUGUGGUUUCUCUUGGAGUGAAUAUGUCUGCACGCAUUGGAAAGUUGUCAGCAAAUGCUUUUGUUCGUAAGAUUGUUGCUUUAUCACUUCCUAUAAUGCCUCUGCUCCUUCAUGUUGAUGCUGGGGAACCUAAUUCAGUCUGGAACUGGUUAGAGCGCUGGUCAGCAUCCUGCUUCUGGAAACCAGUUCCUCAACCGAGAAAAGCCUCCAGCUCUAAGUUGCAGAGGAAACAGACUAAUGGUCAUGUUGACAUUGAUACAGGUCGACCAAAACUGAGUGUUCGCAGGAUUCGUUCUGCAAAUCUGGUUGGUACCUCUGUUCAAGCAACCUCUGAAUUUGACAAGCCCAAGCGUAACCUGAGGAAAGUUUCCAGCAAUCCCACUGAGUCGUCAGUGCAGGAAAACCCACAAAAUGAGUUUGAAAAGGUUAAACGCGACCUGAGAAAGGUUCAUAAUCCUGUAGUAGAAAAUUCAGUGCAGCCAGAGGUUGAAUUUGAAAAGCCAAAGCCAAGUUCAGAGAAGGUCUCAAGCACUACUAACAUAGAUAUUGUGGAACACAGCCUCAAUAGUUUGGCUGAGAAGACAAACAAAGAGAUGGCCUUGACGGUGAAUAGUCCAUCUGAGAAGAUGAAGAAUGAUAUGUCCGUGACAGUAACUAGCUCAACUGAGGAGAUGAGAGAGACAACUUCAAGAAAUAGCUCAGCUGAGAAGAUGAACAAAGAGAUGGCCUUGAAAAUAAAUAAUUCGGCUGAAAAUAUGAAAAAAGAGACGGCCACGCCAGUAAAUAGCUCAGCUGAGAAGAUGAAGAAAGAGACGGCCUUGACAGUAAAUAGCUCAGUUGAGAAGGUGAAGAAAGAGACGGCCUUGACAGUAAAUAGCUCAGUUGAGAAGGUGAAGAAAGUGGCAGCCUUGACAAUAAAUAAAGCACCUGAGAAGAUGAAGAAAGAGAUGGCCAUGACAGUAAACAGCUCAACAGAGAAGAUGAGACAAGAGACAGAUACAAUAAAUAACUCAGCUGAGAAGAUGAAGAAAGAGACGGCAUUGACAGUAAAUAGCUCAGCAGAGAAGGUGAAGAAAGAGAUUGCUGUGAAAGUGAAUGGCUCAGCUGAGAAGGUGAAGAAAGAGAUUGCUGUGAAAGUGAAUGGCUCAGCUGAGAAGGUGAAGAAAGAGAUUGCUGUGAAAGUGAAUGGCUCAGCUGAGAAGGUGAAGAAAGAGAGAGCUGUGGAAGUGAAUGGCUCAGCUGAGAAGAUGAAAAAAGAGACAACUGUGACAGUUUCAAAAUCAGUUGACAUUGAAACUAUGUCGUGGCCAUUGGUGAUGAAUGAGACAUCGGAUAUAUUUCAUGCGGAUCCUGCUAUUGUUGAUUCAAAGCCUUCAAUAGGUAAAACUGUUAAGGGUAAUAAAACUUUCAUGGGAAAUGUGGAGCUGAAAAGGAAGGAAAACUCGAUGAAUAAUGAGAAUCAGAAGUCCAGCAGGAAAGCUUUUAAUCCUGCAAACCGAGAUCAUACAGAAAAUGGGCCACAAAUCAGUCCUCCAGUGCCAAGCUACAUGGCAGCAACUGAAUCUGCCAAGGCUAAGCUGAGACUGCAAGAUUCUCCCCGAUCUGGUCAGGAUGGUGGUGACAAAAAUAAUCUCACCCGUCACCAGUCUUUGCCAUUUUCAGAUAACGGUAAAAGCAGCUCACAGUCACCAAGGGGACAAAGGCUGGUUCAUGCGGGGAAAGAAGGGAGCAAAAGCGACAGACCUUUGUCAUCCAGAGACAGAAAUGCAAAGGCGACUCAAGUAGAGUGGAGGAGAUGAUCUCGUUGAGAUUUGAGGAAUCAGCUCUAAUAGGUCCAAAAUUCAUAUGAUUUGUGGUGUAUAAAAUUAUCAGUACAUGCUAUGAAACUGAAACUGGGUCAAUAAGAGGUGUGCAUAGGUCAGGUGCCAAUGAAAAAAUCGGUAUUUCUCGGUGUUUGCGAGUGUAAAUCAAUAGUUUUGAACUUUCGACAUGGCCAAAAAACCAUCAUCAUUGUUAUAAAAGUUUCUUGUCGUUUGUUUGUUCUA